AUGGCAUGUCAUAUGUCAUAUGAUAGUCGUCCGUGCUUAUCGCGAUUAGCUAGCGCCCAGCAUGCCUCGCUUGUGACGCUUUGUUCUCAACCUUCCACUUGCAAGUUCGGCAUCAUCAGCCAAAACUUCAACAUCACUAGCAUGCACGACCUCUCGAGGAUAUGGGCAUCGAUUGAGGAUGACGAGAUGCUGAAGCUCACGAAUCUCCUUGAAUGGAUCAAUGUCCAGAUCCCUUUUGGACGAUGGCAGCUGUUUGAGUUCAAUGACCUGUGGAUCGUGCCGCCCUUUGUCAAACACGACCAACAAGACGCUUUCUCAGCCCACUGGACCAAAAGGAUUCCCAUACUCCAGACCCGUUCUCCCGCCGAGCUCGUAGCAAACUCCAUCACCUCCACCUUACAGUCACUCUCAGAUCAAGAUGACUGGAAUGUCAUCGAUAUCAACUCUGGCUCAGGCGGUCCCAUCCCCGUAGUCGAGAGUCUCGUCAAUCGGCAACGACUCCAAGAAGGGCAUAAUCCCAUACCCUUCCUCCUCACGGACCUCAGCCCAAAUCUGGACGCAUGGAUCACGUUAUCGGCAAAAUCAGAUAAUCUGAGCUUCGUCCCACAGUCCGUCGACGCAGCGAAACCCGCCUUCUCCAUCAUCAGCGCCACCACCAACGGCGAUAAAGACGCCGCCUUGAAGCAAGGCUACGAAUCAGACGGCCGAAAAGUACUGCGAACUUACUGCGCGGCCUUCCAUCAUUUCAACGAUGAGAUGGCGACUGGCGUAUUGAAAAGCACGAUGCAAACGAGCGACGCCUUCGCCGUCAUCGAGCUACAGGAACGUACAUUCCUAAGCCUCGCCCUGGUACUCUUGGAAGCUUUGAUCAUGUACUGUCUCGCAGUAUUCUGGUUCUGGAAUGACGGGACGCAUUUAUUCUCCACUUAUAUCAUGCCCAUUCUCCCAGUGACGCAGAUUCUGGAUGGGAUCGUGACAUGCCUUCGGACCAGGACUUUUGAGGAGAUCUUGAGGCUGAUACCGAAUGGAAAAGGUCAAGAAGUUGCGAAAGUGGAGAGGGAUGGAUCUGUGGUGAUCUCGAAUUGGCGAUUCAAACACGAACGGAUCUUACAUACCUGGCCAUUGGGAUAUACGAAUGUGAUCACUGGAACAAGCAUGUCGCAUCUGUCGCCAGAGCCGGGUUAA